GCGCUGUCCGCGGUGCUGAACGACGCGUCCUCGUCCUCAGACUGACCGCGCACUGCGAUUCCUCCCGAAAAUCAACUCAAGGUCCUUCGUUGUGUAGCUACAUCCUCUCAUAGUCGACGAACCGAGGCUGACCGGUGCGGCACAACCUCGCCAUCGUCGACGUGCUGUGGCUACGAGCGAGAUCUCAUUUCAAGAAUGGUGGAGCAGAAGGAGGAGAGAGAGCUGCGCGAAGACUCCGUGGCAGUGAGGGGCCUUUCGAGACCGCGCGAGGAGGAAAACGACGAGGCUUUUUCCACGAGGUGAGAUUUCACUUGACGUAGCUACAGAUAUGAUGUACGCUCUGCCAAUGGAUGCUGUGAAGCCCUCCCGGCACUCCACACUCCUCUCAUACCUGAUGCAGAACAAUACAGAGAAGGAUAACUCUUCAGUGCUCCUGGACGGCUUUCCGACACCAAUCUGCAAUUUGGAUACGUCAUCUUUCUCUUUUAAGCCUAACAGUACGCUGGCCUCCUAUGAGUUUACUCCAGUAGAGGUGACUGUUCUUGGGCUGAUCUUUGGAGUGCUCUGGCUGAUCUCUGUCCUGGGGAAUGCCCUGGUGUGUUUAGUCAUCCACCGCAGCCGCAGGACUCAGUCCACCACAAAUUACUUUGUGGUGUCUAUGGCUUGCGCAGACCUGCUGCUGAGCCUAGGCUGCGCUCCUUUCAUUCUGCUCCAGGUCUCUUCUGGACAUUGGCCUCUGAGCACGGCAGCCUGCAAGGCAGUGCGUUAUAUCCAGCACUUGUGCCCUGGAGUGCAGGUAUAUGUGCUUCUCUCAAUCUGCGUGGACCGCUUCUAUACGAUCGUGUACCCCUUGAGUUUCAAAGUGUCCCGGGAGAAAGCUAAACGCAUGAUCCUGGCAUCUUGGCUCUUCGACGCGGCCUUUGUCUCCCCAUGUCUCUUCUUCUACGGCUCAUCCUCAUCAAUAGCAGAAAGGCACUGUGAUUUUUUCAUUCCAGACUCUUGGGAUGGUCUGGCCUACGCUCUUGUCCACCUCCUGUUCGGGUUCCUGGUGCCAGCACUCCUCAUUCUGUCCUUCUACCAGAGAGUGGUGCGGUACAUUUGGAGGAUCAGCGCAGAUGGACGCACAGUGCGCAGGACCAUGAACAUUGUCCCCAGGACUAAAGUCAAAACCAUCAAGAUGUUCCUGAUGCUCAACACUGUGUUCCUCCUCACCUGGAUGCCCUUCUAUGUAGCCCAGCUAUGGCACCCUAAGGAGUCUGCUGGUCCCAGCAGGCAGGGGGCACUCUUCUUUGUGGCAAUCGCCUGGAUGUCAUUCAGCUCCACAGCUUCGAAACCCACGCUGUACUCGGUGUACAAUGCCAACUUUAGACGAGGCAUGAGAGAGACAUUCUGCAUGUCAUCAAUGAAGUGCUACCGAAGCAACGCAUACACCAUCACUGCCAGUUCACGGAUGGCCAAAAAAAACUAUGUGGGGGUGGUGGACUUGCCAGUGCCUGCAAAGACUCUGAUCAAAGAUUCUGUCUAUGACACUUUUGACCGAGAAGCAAAAGAGAAAAAACUGGCAUGGCCUAUAAGUGUCAAUCCACCAAACACAUUUGUAUAAACUGGAAUGCCAAACAUCAAUGGUGACAUUUUGCUGUAAAAGUCAGCCAAACUUGUUUCAAAUGCACAAUGCAGGAUGCUAACUCAGGUUCACGACUGUGACAUUGUGGAACAAGCCUAGCAUCAACAACCACAUUACUAGUAUGUUAUGCAGUACUAUAUGUACUGUAGUCAUACUGACUGAAUGAACAGAAGCAGAAAAUGACAAUAAGAAACAUUUGUCCAAAACUUGCUCAUGUGUCCAGCCUUUUGUUUCACUUUAGCCCUGGUUCAACGUUCAGCAGCUGGUUGAACGUUCAGAGCUGAUAUGUCCCUGGAAUAAGCAUUAGUGUUGUUUCUGUCUGUAGUAUGUUAACUGUUUGGAUUCUGUUUCUUGUGAUCAUACAUGCCAUCUCAUGAUGCAAACAACUGUCAUGUUGGGGUGACCUCUGUUUUUGAAAGAAAUGGACUGAGAGCCAACGUCUGUUUCUAUGUACAUGCAGUCUGCAUCUGUUCUCAACCUAAGGUUUGGUUUAGAGCUGUUGUGAUUGGGCAAAGUCUAGGUCAAAUAAGAAUUAAUGAAUGUUGAUUGGCUGCACUCCCAACAGAGGGUGGGCCUUUUCGUGAUUCUACUGCUGUGAUAAGCUCAUUUAGUACCACAAAGUGUUACUUUCUGUACGAAACAUCUUGUCCACAACUGUGUUUGCAAGACUUCGCUUUAAACAGUGAGCAGUGAAUAAAGAAAUUGGUCAUACAUCUA